UUGCCUCCUUCUGCGAUCGCUCUACCGAAAUGUUGAAUAAAAAACUCGAGCAAGCAGGUCUUUCCAGCUUUACGAUCUGACCGAUAAGCAGUAUUUUUUAAAAAAAAUUCUCACCUGUAAUAACCGCACCUUCGGCUUGUGAGAUGUUUCGGUGCGGCUGCAUCUUCCAACCUCAUCGCUGACAACGGUAACCGAUAUCCUUUGGCGUUUUGUUACGCUUUACAUAUGGAGGUUCUCCACACAAAUAACGAGGGAAACCAGGUUUUAAACCUGUCGCGUCUACAUUUAUUCGAGCUGAACCUGGACCAGAUUGAAGACGGCCAAAGGAAUCGGGUUCAGCGGCUUUACCUCACUUACAACAGCAUCGCAUUUUUCCCGAGCUCUGUCUGUCUGCUUCCCAACUUGGAAUAUCUGGAUAUAAGCAACAACGCGAUUUCAGUCCUGUCGGAUGACAUAACACGAUUGACAAACCUAAAAACAUUCGUUGCGAAAAAUAACAACUUGGAUGAAACGUCGUUUCCCAAAUUUUUCGGGUCCAUGCAAAACCUCCAGACGCUAAACUUCAGUGGGAACCGCUUUAGAGAGAUUCCAGUGCAGUUUCUGAAACUUAGCCGCCUACAGUCCCUGUCUCUGGGUGGAAACCGAUUAAAAGGCAUCCCCGCAGAAAUAGAGCACCUGACAAGGCUGGAGAUGCUGUAUCUGGGCGGGAACAUGAUCUCCUCCAUCCCGCCCGAGCUGGCCAACCUGGGGCAACUGAGGUGUCUGGUGCUGUGCGACAACUGCAUCCAGAGCGUCCCACCUCAGCUCAGCAGGCUGCAUUCCUUGCUGUCUCUCAGUCUCCAUAACAACCUCCUGAAAUUCCUCCCUCGGGAAAUCCUCAGCCUGGUACAUCUGCAGGAGCUCAGCCUCCGGGGCAACCCGCUGGUAGUGCGCUUUGUCAAGGACAUGACCUACAAUCCGCCGUCCCUGCUUGAGCUGGCCGGACGAACCAUCAAGUCCCGGAACGUUCUGUACCUGCCGAGUGACCUUCCGGCCAGCCUGUCCCACUACCUGGACACGGCCAGCAAGUGCCCCAAUCCCAAAUGUGCAGGUGUGUACUUCGACUCGUGCGUGCGCCACAUCAAGUUCGUGGAUUUCUGUGGCAAGUUCCGGCUGCCCCUCAUGGACUACCUCUGUUCCCCAGAAUGCACCUCUCCCUGCGGCUGCAACCCACAGAGCCACGGCGAGUCGGAGGGCGAGGGCGACGUGCCCGCAACCAGGCUGCAGAGGGUGCUGCUGGGAUCGCCCCUGUCUUGUAAUCGUUUUGGGGAAGCUGGUCUGGGACUACUGACAUGAUGACAUGCCUGUCUACAGGGACUCUCUGAAACCUUUACAAGAGCAUUUGUUAAGCACGAGUCUGCUUUACUGUUUCAUUAGGACAAAACGUUUUAAACACUGUUGGCUUGCAUUUCAGCAAACCGAGAGAUCAACAUUUUCAUUGUAAUUACACAGCUCCCAGUUGACAAUUUACCACUAAUUCCAGUUUUGUCCAUCUUAGUAUCAACACAUGGCCGUAUACACUGAUAGUUACUCUUUAACUGUGCCCUUUUUGUUCAAUUUUUUCCAUGUUGUUGCUGCCAACAAAAUGCUGUGCAAGGUCCACAGACUUUGUUGACUUAUUCUGCAAGCAUUAUACCUAUGUCAAAGCUUUUUUAAAACAUGAAAAACAGAGCGCUUUGAGUUCUAAAGCUUUGAGCUCGUUUGGCCUGGCACGCGAGCUGAUGCCCUCCUCAAGUAAGGCGUUUAUGCAGCACCUCUUCUUCUCUUCUUUGGGUUAUGAUUGUGCUCUCUCGAGCAUGAUGUCCAUCUAAAUAUGAUACCCACUAUGUUUGAGAGCAUUCCUGACUUUCUUUUACCAUCACAUAUAGACGCUACAGCGAAGAUGAAGAUUGCAGAUACUGGCCCGAUUCAAGAACCAUCAUUCUUAUUUUUUGAGAAUAUAAUAUACAUUCACCUGUUUUCAGAUUAACAUAGUAAUGCUAUAUUCAUUGGGUCUGCUUAUAAUUUGCAGGUAAACGACUCCACAGUAAAACUGAUAAUAAAACAGAUUCUGCACUUCUUCAGCUAGGUAUCAGUUAAUAACUUGUUUGCACGCGUGU